CAACAUUGCCUUAAACACUUUCUAGCAAGAAAAGAAAAUCUCAUUUUGUGUCAUUGCUUGAAUAUCAAGGUGACCAAAGGUCUCUUUGUUUUAGUAAAUUUCACAAACCUUCAAAUUUCCUAUUCUAAUAUUUCUCCCUUCAGCAAGCUUCCAUUUUCAUUUCAUGGCAAUUCUUGAUCUCAAUAUGUGCUGAAACUCGGAAAUUUUGAGUUGGAAUUUAUUAUACAGAGUCAGAAAUAUCAAAAUUCUCAUUUUCCUUGGAAUUUUUUUAUAAAGUUUCUAAAGGCCCCCUUUGGCUGAACUUUUGGGAAGAUAAGGAGAAGUCUGAAUUUUGAUGAUAUUGAGUUGGAAACUCAUAUUCAGAUAUAGAAAUUUGCUUUUAGGUAGAGAAAAAUGGGGGUGGAUUAUUACAACGUUUUGAACGUGGGGAAGACAGCGACAGAUGAUGAUCUGAAGAAGGCUUACAGAAAAUUGGCAAUGAAAUGGCAUCCUGAUAAGAACCCCAACAACAAGAAGGAAGCUGAGGCUCAGUUCAAGCAAAUAUCUGAGGCCUAUGAAAUUUUAAGUGAUCCUCAAAAAAGACAAGUCUAUGAUCAGUAUGGUGAGGAAGGUCUUAAAGACAUGCCGUCACCUGGAUCUAGCGGUAAUCCUCGAAACGCUGAAGAUAUUUUUGCAGAAUUCUUUGGGAGCAGCCCAUUUGGAUUUGGGUCAGCUGGAGUAAAGUCGACGAGAUUCUCAUCAGAAGGAAGCAGUUUGUUUGGGGGAUUUGGUGGGGGUGAGAAUAUUUUUAGAACAGCGAGUGAUGGAACGGGUGCUACUAUGCCCAAAAAACCACCACCAGUGGAGAGUAAAUUGCCUUGCAGCCUUGAGGAGCUUUACUCUGGAUCUACAAGGAAAAUGAAGAUCUCUAGAACUGUGGUUGAUGCGAACGGGCUGUUAGUGACAGAAACGGAGAUUUUAACGAUUAAUGUAAAACCUGGCUGGAAGAAAGGGACAAAGAUAACAUUCCCAGACAAAGGAAAUGAGCAGUUGAACCAGCUUCCAGCAGACCUCGUGUUUGUAAUCGACGAGAAGCCCCACGACGUUUACAAGAGAGACGGGAAUGACCUUAUUAGGAACUAUACAGUAACAUUAGCAGAGGCAUUGGGAGGAACUACUGUCAACCUCACAACGUUAGAUGGUCGCGAGUUGACAAUUCCAGUGAAUGAAAUUGUGAAACCUGGUUAUGAGCUUGUGGUUGAAAAAGAAGGCAUGCCAAUCACAAAGGAACCUGGCAACAGAGGUGAUUUAAAGAUCAAGUUUGAAGUUAAAUUUCCUACAAGAUUGACAACUGAACAACGAGCUGCCCUUAAGCGCGCUUUGGGAGGUUGAAGCUGCUAAAAUCCAAGAUUCCAAGUAAAUUCAGAAUCACAUUAGAAAUAUAGGAUGUUGCAUUCAUUGUAACAAAAAAAAAGUUCUUCUUGACACAUGUUUGGGACUCCUCAAAGAUGAGAUGCCCAACUUAGUCUCUCCUCAUUUUCUAUACUUUUUUUUUCCCAUUUGAACAAAGUAUAGCACUUUCUUUUUCAGAUUUUCUUUUAAUUAGUUCAAGGCGGAAGCAAAGGGUUUAUGUCAAUUGUUGUGUCCUUAGUGCUGACUGACAGAGGCGGAUCAAAGAUUUAAUUUCUAUAGAUUCAAGAUUUAAGGAUUUUAGCGUUGAAAUCAUUAUAUUU